AUGGGCAGGCGGAGCGGCAGGUAUGAGAUGGCGGCGGGAGCACCGGCAUCCGGCGGCGGCAGUGAUGCCAUCUGCAGUUUUGUCAUCUGCAAUGACUCCUCCCUCCGCAGCCAGCCGAUCAUCUUCAAUCCCGACUUCUUUGUGGAAAAGCUGCGCCAUGAAAAACCAGAGGUGUUCACAGAGCUGGUUGUCAGCAACAUUACCAGGCUCAUUGAUUUGCCUGGGACAGAGCUGGCCCAGCUAAUGGGAGAGGAGGACCCAAAGCUGCCUGGGGCAAACAGCACAGCCUCUGGAUUCUUUCGUUCUCUGAUGUCUCUGAAGCGCAAGGAGAAGGGGGUGGUGUUUGGCUCACCGCUGACAGAAGAAGGCAUUGCACAGGUUUCCCAGCUAAUCGAGUACCUGCACAAAAAUCUGAGAGCAGAAGGCUUGUUUCGAGUGCCAGGCAACAGCAUCAGGCAACAGAUCCUAAAGGAUGCUCUGAACAGUGGUACUGAUAUUGACCUGGACUCUGGGGAGUUUCAUUCCAAUGAUGUGGCCACUCUACUUAAGGUGUUCUUGGGUGAACUACCAGAGCCGCUGCUGACACACAAGCACUUCCAUGCCCACCUCAAAAUUGCAGAUUUGACACUGUUUGAUGAGAAGGGGAAUAAGACCAGCACUCCAGACAAAGAGCGCCAGAUUGAAGCCCUCCAGCUGCUGUUUUUGAUCCUUCCCGCUCCCAACCGCAGUCUGCUCAAACUGCUGCUGGACUUGCUCUACCAGACCGCCAAGAAGCAGGAUAAGAACAAGAUGUCUGCCCACAACCUUGCCCUCAUGUUUGCACCCCACAUCCUAUGGCCCAGAAAUGUGACAGCAAAUGACCUUCAGGAAAAUAUCACAAAGCUAAACAAUGGAGUGACCUUCAUGAUCAAACAUUCUCAGAAACUCUUCAAGGCUCCAGUGUACAUCCGGGAGUGUGCCAGGCUACACUAUCUGGGGUCCAGAGCCCACACAUCAAAGGACGACCUGGAUUUGCUGACAUCUUCUGGCUCCAAGGAGCUGCAGCCCCUCAAGUCUCAGAAGCGAAGCCGGCUGGACUCUUGCCAUCAGGAGGAGACCCAGCAGCGCACGGAGGAGGCACUGAAGGAGCUCUUCCUCCACGUCCACAAUAUGCCUGACUCUGCAAAGAAGAAGAAGCUUAUCCGGCAGUUUAAUAAGCAUCCAACUGCUCUGACUCCUGGCUCUGAUGUGCCCAUGUCCCCAGCACCACGACGCACCCGCUCGCGCUCCUUCAGCGGCCUCAUUAAGCGGAAAGUUUUGGGAACUCCAGUUAUCCUGGAGAGGAAGAGCAGGGAUUCCACACCAGAGCCUGUGCGGGUCAGCAAAGAGAACGUCCAACUGUUGCAGAAGUGUGGCUCUCCCGCUCAUAUGUCCCAGGCAAAGCUGAAGUCUUUGGAAGGCCAGAAAGAGGGAUCCUGCAGACGCAUGCGAGCCCGCCUGCUUUCCAAGGACUCAUCCUCCCUCUGAAUCGCCUCGCGCCAACGCAUGGGUGGGGAUUGCCCAGCCUCGCAAGCUGUGAAUAGAAAAUGUGCUGCACUGAGAGGGAGUGCUGCAGCUCACAGCAACCCUCAGCAACACAGCAGCGCUCCUGAAACUGGACCUUUGCAAGGAUUGCAGGGAUUUGUUUCUUUCUGUAUAUAA